AUGUCGGCGAAAAGCUUCGCUGAGUCAAACCCAUCGUAUCGGCCCGUUCACUCACGACAGAGAGAAUCUUGGAGGAGGCCUCUCGUCCUCGCAGUCGUUCUGUUUGUGCUAUGGUUGUGGAAACUCAGUGAAUGGUUCUAUGGCCGUAAUGUAAUCCUUCACCCAGAACAAGACCCCUUCCCAGUCUUCACCGAUUGGGAUGACAUACCCACGAGCGAGAAGCUCCUCUGGGUGCGAUGCGAGCUCCCCGGCAUGUUUCCCCUUGGCCGUGGCUACAUGUGCGCCCGACUGACCGUGCCGAUGGAUUAUCAACGGCCCUUGAACCAGUCUUCCGAUAAUCCCAAGGUCCAUGUCGCCAUGGUUCUCCUCCCCGCUCUCAGCCACGGCCUAGAGACGGGGCGUUUCUCCGAGUCCCCGCUUCUCCUCAACCCCGGCGGACCCGGCGGACCAGGUACCACUUUCACGUUCCCGCCGUUUGGCCCCACUAUCCAGGCCGCCGCCGGAGGCAGCGUCGACAUCAUUGGCUUCGACCCCCGCGGCAUCGGUGCCACAACCCCGCGGGCUGACUGUUUCGUCGACACCAAGCCGGGCGAGCAACCCUCCGCCGCGGCUAACAACCUUGGGUAUAUGCACAGACUGACCUGGCUGGCGAUGGCUCACGACAUCGGUCUGCCGAAUUCCACUUCCGGCGCCUUGGACCAGCUCGCACAGCGUGCCAGGGCGUUGUCCAAGCUGUGCUCCCAGAAGGAUGUUGAGGAGGGCGGUUUCAGAUACAUGGCCACGCCGAAUGUAGCGGCAGAUAUGAAAAGCAUCAUCGCCGCACAUGAUGCCUGGCUUGAGGAGAACGGGUUCCAUACUACUCCCCUUGGUGCCGGCGUGUUGUCGCCCAGCGACGUUGCCCCUAUUUCUACAAAGGGCAAACUUGUCUACUGGGGCUUUAGCUACGGCACAUUCCUUGGACAAACCUUUGCAGCCAUGUAUCCUGAUGCGGUUGGGCGACUAAUUCUGGAUGGCGUCGUUGAUUCCAGGGAGUACGAUAUGCCCACGUGGAUCUCGGCUAUGCAAGAUGCCGACUCAGUACUCGAGAGAUUCUUCUACUACUGCCACCUUGCCAGGGACGCAUGUGCCCUUUACCGUCUGGGUGACGGUGGCCCAGAACAAAUUAAGCAACGAUAUGAACAGACAAUGGCCAAGCUACGAGCUGAUCCGCUCAUCGUCGUCUCCCGCGCGGGACACAUGCCCAUCGUGCUGAUGGAGGCCGACAUACGGAAGCUGCUCUUCACCUCGCUCUACUCUCCCACCAAGGUCUUCCCCUUGUUAGCUGUUCUUCUGAACCGUCUGCACGUGGGCGAUGACCUAUCUGACGUCGUGGUUGCGCCUGAUUUGGGCUUCACCUGCGACGCGGAUCUCAAGCUGGUUAUUUACCCGGAGGAGAGCCCCAAGGCGAUUGGCUGCAGUGACCGGAGGUACAAGCGUAACGAGACUUUGGAGCAAGUUUUCGACAAAGUGUCCAAGGUCACCUCCUUCGCCGACGUCUUCUUCCCCCUCAUGAUGAACUGCGAAGGCUGGACCAUCGAAGCCAACUUCCCCUCCCUCGACUGGGACGCCAACCUCCAAGCCCCCGACCCCGUCAACACCUCCUUUCCGCUCCUCUUCGUAGGAAACACCUACGACCCCGUCACGCCUCUCUCCCAGGCCGUCGCCAUGUCCCGGAAAUUCCUCAACGCCGGCGUCUUUGAGCUCGAGGCCGAGGGGCACUGUACCCUGGCCGCGACGUCCAUCUGCGCAAUACAGAAGAUGAGGGCGUAUCUGCACAAGGGUGUCGUGCCGCCGCCGGCUACGGUUACCGCGGAUGGAAGGAUCGCCGGGUGGGAGAAGUGUAAGGCCGACGAGCAGCCUUGGAAGCCUUUCCCGGCUGAGAUGGCGGCGGAAGAGGGGUUUAUGCACGCGGAGGACAUGCAUGUCUUACAAGGGUUGAGGGAUGUGCAUGCCGAGAUUAUCGGCCGGUUGUUACCGCCAUCGAAGUUGCGUUUGCAAUAA